AUGGACUCUUUGAAGCAAUUUCUUCAUAGUCACUUCAAACUCAAGGAUUUGGGGUCUUUAAAAUAUUUUCUGGGGCUUGAAAUUGCUCGGUCUACUUAUGGGAUUGUUCUAUCUCAACGACAAUAUACGCUACAACUCCUAGAGGACACUGGUUUUCUUGCUUGUAAACCAGCUCCGGUUCCAAUGGAUCCUCAGGUACAUUUGUUAGCUACUUCCGGUGAUGUGUUGUCCGAUGCUUCUCAAUAUCGUCGUCUUAUUGGACGUUUGUUGUACCUCACUCUUUCAAGGCCUGACAUUACCUUUGCUGUUCAUAAGUUGAGUCAGUUUCUUGCUCAGCCAAGGUCAUCUCAUCUUCGCGCAGCCCAUUAUCUUCUUCGCUAUCUCAAGUCUUCGCCUAGACAAGGUCUAUUUUUCUCCUCGUCUUCAGCAUUGCAACUCAGGGCUUUUUCUGAUGCCGACUGGGGUUCUUGCCCUGAUUCACAGAGAUCUGUUAUAGGCUAUUGUGUGUUCUUAGGUGAUUCCUUGGUCUCUUGGAAAGUAAAACGGUAG